CUACAUUUCCCAGGGAACUUCCGGUAGAGCGCCACUAAUGACCGGAAGUCGGUCUGAGAAAUGCUUUGAUUGCACAGGGAAGCGAGUGAGUGCCUUGAACGUGAUUAAACCAAGACUGAACUAUACACAUUUGCUCCGAACUCAACUCUGAAGCGACUUCAGUUUUUGUUUGCCAACAUGGCGAUAGCAUCAAGAAGGGCUGUUUUAUCCAGUACAAUGUGGACACGUUUGGCAGCUUUCACCAGGCAAGAUCUGGUACCUGGUUCAGUUAACUGUUCUUGUCCCAAAUCUACAUACUCAGCACUUCCUGAUGACUAUAACUGCAAAGUGGAGCUUGCAUUGACAUCAGAUGGGAAGACAAUUGUUUGCUACCAUCCUUCAGUGGACAUUCCAUAUGAGCACACACGCCCCGUUCCACGGCGAGAUCCCUUGGAUUAUAAAGAUGAAACACAUGAUCAGGUGCUGAAAUCAAGACUGGAAGAAGAAAAGCUGAAAAACCAGAAAGGUCCUACUAUUGAACAGCUUAGUAAAAUGUUUUACACAACAAAACAUCGCUGGUACCCUGUGGGGCAAUACCAUACCAGACGUAAGAAAACCAAUACCCCCAAAGAUAGGUGAACAUGUUUCUCUGUCAUCAUUACUGCAGAUGUUUCCUUAAACAUACUUGUAUAUUAUCUGCUUCCAUUAAAGUACUUUUCUUAAACUUUU